AUGGCAGGUCGAUCACCGAGUUUUGUUGUUGUUGGUCUCCUUCUGAUAGUAUUUCUUGUUGGAUUUUUUUAUAUGUCAUGUUCAUCGAAAAGUACUGAACUUCGACAAACAUUAGAUGAAUUUGAACAACGUAUACGAAUGUUAACACUGAAAAAUAGUGAUAUUGAACGAGAAGUUCAAGUAAUUAAAACUCAAAAAAAUGAAGCUGAUAGAAAAAUGGUUGAUACUGAAAGCGAAAUGAAAAAAAAAGAUUCGAAACUCAAUGAUCUGAAUACGAAAUUAAAUGAAAAAUUGGCAGAACUUCAAAGUUUAAAAUCUGAUAAACAAGUUGUCGAUGAACAAUUAAAAGAACUUAAAAAUGAAGCUGGACCACUUUCAUCAAAAAAUUUAGCUAUGAAUAAAUUACAAGAAGAAUAUGAUAAACAAAAAAAAUCUGAUAACGAACUCAUAGUUCGAUUAAAACAAGAAGUUGAAGAUUAUAGAAGUCAAUUUAAUAUUUCAAAAGAAAAACCAAUUGAAAUUCCAAGUCAACGUUUUCAGCCAUUAUUUCAAGCGAAAGAAAUAGCAAAGAAUACUUCAGCUAUUUUUCGAGAACCUUUAGCUAAACUUAGUAAUAUUACAAAUGAAAUUAGAGAUAAAUUUGCUCCAGUUGUCUCGAAUAUUAAACAAAAAAUUGCUAAUAUAUAUGGUAAUGAAAGUAAUUCAGUAGUGAAUCAAAAUAUUCCAGCACCACCAUUAAACAACAAUAAGCAACAACCAGGUCGUGAAUCUGGUGCAGAAGUUGAUAAAAAUAAUCAAGAACAAAACAAAAUAGAAAAUCUUCAACGUUUAAAACGAUCGUUGAAUGAUACAAAUAAAUCUUCUUUCAAUAAAUCAAAUGGUGAUCAACAGAAUUCAGAUAUACACAAUGUUGCAAGGGAUAUAGAGCGUGCUCGUAAUGCUCCAUAUGAUAAAGCUAAUCUCGCUAAUAAUCAACCAGAUAAUGUACCCUCUCAAUUAUUAGGAAUUCGUAAAAAUUAUCGUGUAGGUGAUCGUGAAGAAUCUCCAAGAAUUGCCAAUAAAAAAGAUGGAAAUCAAGUGAUAGCUAAUAAUAAUGGUCAGGAACAAGCAUUGGUACGGGGCCAUAUAUUGUGAUUUGUAUUUAUUUCUUAAACUAUGUCUUUCUUCUUUUUUUUAAAUUUAUCUGAAUAUCUUCUCUUUUCAUUCGUAGUGAUAUCUUUUUGUUAUUGAUCUUUUCGGUUCAACCGGUAUCUUUCUUUCUGCCACUUAACAAAAUAAUUGUGUAUGUGUUUCUUUCUUCGUAUACUAUUUAUUUGUAGCGAUCAAUCAUUUCAAUACUUUUUCUUUUUUUUACAAUCUGAUUAAUAAAAGUUGUAUACUGAGCUUAGUACUAAAAAGCCAAGUAAAUUGUAUACUAUUAAGCAAAUGAUAGAUAUUAUUGAUCAAAUUUCUCUUAUGACACG